UACACACAGCCCUACAGUACCACACACACACACAAAGCAACAAACCCUGGACUAAUGCAGACAGAGCCAGAGGCAGAAGAUGGCUGACCUGACAGCAGGGCACCCAGCAGCCUGGCAUCCCCAUCCCUCCCUGUUCUGCUCCCUCCUCACACAAUCCCUGACGUCUUUCACCUCUAAAUAGAGGGGGGAAUAGCCACUUCACUCCCCCCACCACCUCCUCAUAGACUUUAAUUCCAGCAGCCAUUUCAUCAGCAGAAAGUAGACAAAAAAUGGCAGAAAUGGAGAAAGAAGGGAGACCUCCUGAAAAUAAAAGAAGCAGGAAACCUGCCCACCCGGUGAAAAGAGAGAUCAACGAGGAGAUGAAGAACUUUGCUGAAAAUACCAUGAAUGAGCUUCUUGGCUGGUAUGGAUAUGAUAAGGUGGAGCUGAAAGAAGGAGAAGAUAUUGAAAUAAAAAACUAUCAUGAUGGGCAGCACAUUUCAGUUCUUAAAGAAAAUUCUUUGCCAAAACCAAAAUUACAUGAGGACAGUGUUAUAUCACCAUUCAAUACAAACCUAAACUAUUCAGGGCAUGCUACAGGAAAUGGGCUUGCAGAAUUACCAGCAGGGUCAAAGGAACAUGGAAAUAUGCCAAUUGUGGUACCUUUAAUUCCUCCUCCAUUUAUGAAACCCCCAGCAGAGGAGGAUUUGUCAAAUGUGCAAAUCAUGUGUGCCUGGUGCCAGAAAGUGGGUGUUAAGCGCUACUCCUUGAGCAUGGGAAGCGAGGUGAAAAGUUUCUGCAGUGAGAAAUGCUUUGCGGCCUGCCGGAGGGCCUAUUUCAAGAGGAACAAGGCUAGAGAUGAAGAUGGACAUGGUGAAAAUUUUCCCCAGCAACAGCACUAUGCUAAGGAAACUCCGAGACUUGCCUUCAAGAAUAACUGCGAACUACUUGUAUGUGACUGGUGUAAACAUAUAAGACAUACUAAAGAAUAUCUGGACUUUGGGGAUGGGGAACGGAGGCUUCAGUUCUGCAGUUCCAAGUGUCUAAAUCAAUAUAAAAUGGAUAUUUUUUACAAAGAAACACAAGCCAACCUUCCAGCUGGACUAUGUAGCACAUUACAUCCUCCAGUUGACAAUAAAACAGAAGGCACCGGGAUACAGCUGCUUACUCCAGAUUCUUGGAAUAUACCACUGACAGAUGCUCGUAGAAAGAUUCCUUCCCCAGUGUCUGCUUCUGGCCAAAUUCAAGGUCCUGGAUCAACAGCCUCUACCACUGCCUCCCCAUCUGAUACUGCCAACAACUCUGUUACUAAAAUCCCUACGCCUGUACCCAAGUCCAUUCCUAUGAAUGAAAGUCCAAAUAUUCCCUCAGUUCCUGUUCCUCCACCUGCCAGUAUUGUGCCUCCCAUGGGUGUGCCAUCUAGGAGUCCUCCCAUGAUCAUGACAAAUCGAGGACCUGUUCCUUUGCCUAUAUUUAUGGAGCAGCAAAUUAUGCAACAAAUAAGGCCACCUUUUCUUAGGGGUCCUCAUUGCUCAAAUCCUAAUAGCCCUUUACCCAACCCAAUGAUUCCUGGAAUGGGACCACCACCAGGUGCUCCUAGAGUUAUGGGCCCCUCCUCUAGUCCUAUGCAUAGACCAAUGCUAUCACCCCAUAUUCAUCCACCAACUACACCUACAAUCCCUGGCAAUCCUGCAGGAUUACUUCCACCACACCCACCUGGAGGUCCUUUGCCUAGUCUUCCUUUCCCCCCUAUGGGUAUGAUGCCAAAUGGCCCUAUGCAUAUGCCACAAAUGGUAAAUUUUGGUUUGCCAUCACUCGCCCCAUUGGUGCCACCACCUACCCUUUUAGUGCCAUACCCUGUUAUUGUCCCCCUACCUGUUCCUAUACCGAUACCUAUUCCCAUUCCACAUACAGUUGAUUCCAAACCCCCAAGUGACUUUUCCAGUAAUGGUGAAAGCAUCAUUCCAAGCUCAUCCAGUGAGACACCUGUGGCAAAGCCAAAGGAAAAUGUGUUGCCCGUAAAGGAUUCUAAGCAAAGGUCUUUAAAGCCUUCAGAGUCCUCACCUGGUGGUUCACGGCAGGUUUCUCUCCAGACUCCAGUUCUCCAGGAACAUCCUAAAACUGAGGUUGUGGAUUUGACAGUGAGAGUAACUAGCCCAGAAAAUAAUAAACUUAGCAUCCCAAACAUACUUCAGGUUCCACAGGAUGGAGUUAUUGACUUAACUGUGGCACACAGAUCUAGACUUCAUAAUGUAAUUCACAGAGCUUUUAAUGCUCAGUUGAAACUUGAACCUGAACCUAACAGUGUUGUAAACUUGACUAUUGGUAACUCAGAUAUAAAAAACUGUAGUGACUGCAGGGACACAUGUAGCCCAGUAGAAACAAAAACAUAUCCACCUAGUGACUCAAACAAUUGUGGUCCUAUUUCACUUGCCUCCAGCACUUCAGGACAUGAAACCAGCACUGCAGUUUGCAAUGUUAUUGUUAAUGGCACAAAAAGCACAGAAGGUUCUAAAAACUCAGAAAAAACUCAUGAGCAGAAAAAGACUCUGCUGGACAAAGAGCCAGUAGUAAGUGAGUUGGAAUCUGUAAAAGAAAACAACUGUGCUUCAAAUUGCCAUAUAGAGCUAGAAGUCAGCAAGAAGAGCCUUGUAGAAGAGACUCUGACAACUGGGGACAAGCAAGAUCCUAAUUUAAACAAUCCUGCAGAUGAGGACCAUGCUUAUGCUUUGCGGAUGUUGCCUAAAACAGGCUGUGUAAUCCAGCCUGUGCCAAAACCAGCAGAAAAGACUGCAAUUUCACCAUGUAUAGUGUCAACACCAAUUCUCACCACAGGGACAGACGAUUUGGAGCCACCACUAAAAAGGAGGUGUCUCCGUAUUCGAAAUCAGAAUAAGUAAAGGAUGCUGUCUAACAGGGUACUUUGCAUGGAGAAAGAGAGCAGCACAAACCAUGUUGUCACGAACCUGCAACACUAGGUCCACGUCUUUUUAACAUCUGCCACUUCUUCUGCUAAAACCGCUUCCUGUCACUUCAUCUAAACAUCUCAGCAUGUGUGAAACUCCGUCUUAUACGGGACUCAAAGGAUGCUGACCAUUCUCCCAAUCAAAGAGUUUUGUUUGCUUCACCCAACAUUUGUAUGAACAUUUGUUUUUGCAAAGACACGGACCCAUCUCCAACUCAUCCCCCAAAUGUAUUUGGGGUUGGAAAUGUAUGACUGGAAAUAACGUGGACUUCAACUUUUUAAUUGUUUGUAAUCUAGAGACUGAAAUGGUUUUGCUGCUACAGUGAGAAUUGUAAUUUGCAUUAGGUUUGGAAACUGUUUAAAGGGGUAAAGGUUUUGUAUUGGAGUAAGCAACACUUCAAAUUCAUCUCUCUCUUACCCAAAAUGCACUUUUAAUUGAUGCGUUUAAAAAGUUGUAUUAGCUAAUAUUGUAUUUUUUUUUAUUUUUAUUUUUAAACAAAGGCCACCUUUAUGUCUAAUGCCAUAUUUUCAGUGUUAGGAAGUAUAGAUUUUAAACCUUGAACAGAGAGGAGUAAAAAAACAAAACUGCAUGAAUAGUUUAUAUUGUGGUUUCUUGUACAGAAAAGAGAUCUGCAAAUGUUUAUUCUUCUCAACUUUCAUUAAAACCUCACCCUAAAUAGCACCCCGAUUGGGAACAGAGUUAAAGUGUUGAAGUAAAGACCAAAAAUCCCCUUAAGGUGUAAAGUAAUCCUAGAGGGGAGGGAGGACAUGUUUGCUGAGUAUCAUGAGAUAUGUGGAUGAAAUUUCACUCCUGAUAGUUUUCACUGAUCCAGGAAGUCAGCAAGACAAUCUCUCCGCAUAUAUAGAGCCCUUUUAUGCUAAGGAGAAUUGUAUGAACCCUCUAAUGACAGAAUGAGGGGCAACAAGCGGAUUUGUGUUCCCCUCUAACUCCUAUUUCACAGUACCCCCCCCCCCACACUCCUGUUUUAGUGUUUGCUUUACUCCUGUCUUGAUUAAGAGAAAUGUGCAAUUCAAUCCUCAGUCACUGGUCAGAGGAUAACAGGGUAGAAAUCACAAUAACUUGUGUGCACUUGUACAGUUGUAGCCAAGAGGCCAAAUUUAAACUAAUUUAGAGCAUGUUUGCUGGCACUGACCUUAAAAAACAAAACAACAAAAAAAAACAUUGGAGCUGAUGUACAUUUUCAUUUGUUUUUUUUAUACAUAAUACAGGUUUUUUUUGAAAAACAAAAAUGACAUUGUGAUUCAGUGUAUAUGUUUACUAACUGAAAUCAAUCAUUAGCUCAUUCUCAUUUCCUGCACAGUGCCUGCUAUAUGAGCUAGACCUGCAUUUUAUAAAAGUGACGGAUUAAAUAAGACAGUCUGUGCAGUAUGAUUUCGGACAUAGCAGCUUUUUUAGUGUAUGUGUACUGUUAGUAAUAUGUAUAUACUGUAUUUCUAUAGCUUCCUUUGUACAAAAAAAGAAGAAAAAAAAAAAGAAAUUCAGUUAAACAGUUCAAACUACUGUUUAAAAAUAGUCUUUAUUUAUUAACAUGGACUCAAUUGUGAUUCAUGGCUUGUUCUAUUGAAUUAUCUUUUAUUUCUUGUUUAAUGUUUCCAGAGUUGUAUCUUCGGUGAUAUAUUGGGUAAUAUCUAUACCCAAAUGUUUUCAAAAUGAAUGGUCAAACACUUUAUUCUUUAGAAAAAUUUCUAUGAAUCAAUUUGUAUUGUUAUCAACAUUCCCAUUAUUCACAGAGCACCAUUUGUAAAUCUAAAACAAAUUGGGGGGGGGGGGACGACUACAGAAUCAUUGUUGUCAGUAUGGUUUUAUUGGAUAAUUGUCUCAAUGAACUGUUCUUUCGAACAUUUCUUUUUCUCUUAUAAAUUUCAGUGAAAACUUUGA